GUGCAGCGCCUAGACAUAACGAGCAGCGUUGGUGGUUUGCCCAGGUUCCAGGUUCCAGGUUCCAGAAUUCCAGAACGCGACCGAAUACGACGCACACAGCCACGUAAGAAAAGGCAUCGUAAGGCACAGUAUAUACACAAUUAAAACAUAAGAAGAACGACUCCAAUAGCGGAUGAAUGGCGCACAUGGGUUGGUUAUGCCACAUAACAACCGCACCCGGAUUCGCCACAUCUGCUCUAGGGGAAGAAUUUUUUAGGACACGUACAUUUCCGACAGCAUCAACGCUGUCUUCAGAUUUGCCAUUCGGGGAUCAUGCCACUUCACAACCAAGUACUGAGUUGUUUGGAAGCCCUGCUGGUCAGACUUCUGGCCUGUCAUUUGGUACUACAUCUACUCCAACCAGAUUAACAUUUGGAACCCCCACUACAACCACAGCCCAGACAGGGAUUUCUUUUGGUACAUCUUCUACCAGACUAACAUUUGGAACUCCUGCCACUUCUGCUUCAUCAACAGGUUUAACUUUUGAAACUCCUAAUGUCACUAUAACACAAACAGGCAUGACAUUUGCAACUCCAACUACAAGUUCAGGAAUAUCUGCAUCACCUUCAUUUAGUACUCCUUCUACAAGUGCUACUGUGGGUUUCCAAGGGUUACAAACUGCUCUGAGUACAGCAGCUACACUUGGAAGUUUGACACUUGGUACAUCAACUGCUGUCACAUCAGCUUCUGGUUUCAGUCUGUUAGCACCACCAACGACAAGUCAGGGUACAGGAUUCGCCUUGGGUGGCACAACUACAUCAACAUCUGGAGGAGGAUUAUUUGGGUUAGGCACAACAAAGCCGCUACUAUUCUCACCAGCAACCAAUACAACCACUUCCAUAGGCUUUGCUGGAACUUCAGUACCUUCAACCACUAUGACAUCAAUAGGACUUGGAGGUAUUGAUGUAUCUCAGACUAAACCAGGACUUGCAGGAGUAAGCCCCAGACAACCAGAUGCUAAAGAUGUUAAAGAAAACCAGAUACCAAAUGAAAUACUUCAAACAAUUGAAACGUUCAAGGAUUUUGUUAAAACCCAGAAGGGUCAAAAUUCAGACAUAGCAAGAGGUUCAGUAAAGCCUCUCCACAAAGUUCAGGAAGACACUGAAUCUCUGAAGCAGAUGUUAGCAGGACUUACCAGUGGACUUCAACGGAACGGAGCAUUGGCAGACAAAUUGAAAGCGGAUACAGCUAAGUAUUUACAUCAUGCAGAGAUGGCACAGUGGACACAUGAAACUCCUCCUGGCCUGCAGUAUGACAAUGUGGCUCCUAUAGAAUAUUUUACAGAACUUGUUGCGGGAUUUGAACACAAUAUACAGGUUUUCAGGCAAGAGAUUGAAAACACUGAGAAACAUAUUCAGUCAUUAAGUCAGCCAGUGGUUCUUACUCCUCAAGAAUUAGCACUGGCAUUGAAGAGGCUUCAUGACAGCUUUAUCACAUUAGCUGGACGACUACAGACUGUUCAUAAUUCAGUUGAAACACAAAAGGAGCAGUAUUUAAACCUGCGGAAAUACUUCUUAAAAGAUUCGACUAAUGUCUUUGAAGAAAGCACCAAGAAAUCUGCUGGUGGUGUUAUCAAGCCCAACAAUGGCACAAAUGUUUCUCCUGGUCCAACACCUUUUUCAGUGUUAGACAGUCAGCAUGGAUUUGGGUUGCUGCCAACAAAUACCACAGAAACAAAAUCCACUUUCACCUUAGGAAACCCACUAGGUAAAUAGCUGUAAGACUACAGUUUGAUAUCCUAUCAACUAAAAGGUUGGUAUGAAGGGCAGCAACAUCCAUCUCAGUUUCCAACAAAUCUCUGGCCUCUCUUCUCUGGCGGUUAUUCUAGGACUGACUGC